UAAGCUUUAAGAUAUUUUAAUAUUUAUAAGUUUUUCCUUAUUUUUAGGCAACUAUGUCUGGAACUUUAACUUUCCUUAUUGUUCCGAGUCAAUAUGACUUGAAACCACAAACAAGAGAAAGUGUUAUCCAUCUGAAAGCUCAUUUUGAUUAUGAACCUGAUGAUGACUUAUACAUUCCUUGUCGAGAACUGGGUAUGUCCUUUCAAAAGGGAGAUGUUCUGCAUGUUAUAAGUCAAGAAGAUCCUAAUUGGUGGCAGGCAUACAGAGAAGGUGAAGAAGAUCAGUUACUCGCUGGCCUCAUUCCUAGUAAGAGCUUCCAACAACAACGGGAAAUAAUGAAACGAGCUGUAGUUGGUGAUACAAGGGAAAGAAAGUCAAAAAAAGGAAAAUUUUUAUGUGCUAGAAGACAUCAUCGAAGAAAAAAGAAGAAAUUAUAUAAUUUAAAUUACAAUGAUGACACAGAUUCUGAACAAGUCCUAACUUACGAGGAAGUUCGCUUAUAUUACCCUCGUGCACACCAGAAAAGGCCACUUGUUUUAAUUGGGCCACAAAAAGUGGGAAGGCAUGAAUUACGACAGAGACUCAUGGAAGACACAAAUAGAUUUGCUGCUGCUGUACCUCAUACUAGUCGACCAAAGAAGGAUUCAGAAGUGAAUGGGGUGGAUUAUUUCUUCAUCAGCAGGACUCAGUUUGAAGCUGACAUUUUAGCUGGUCGUUUUGUUGAACAUGGAGAAUAUCAAAAAAGCUAUUAUGGAACAAGCUUAGAUGCCAUUAGAAGUGUCAUAGACUCUGGCAAAACAUGUGUUUUAAACCUGCAUCCACAGUCUCUGAAGAUCUUGAAAAAAUCUGAUCUUAUGCCAUAUGUUGUAUUUAUUGCUCCUCCAUCUCUGGAAAAGCUUCGUCAGAACUGCUUGAAAAUGGACAGUACUGUAAAAGAUGAAGAAUUAAAAGACAUAAUUGAAAAAGCUCGGGAAAUGGAAGAAUUUUAUGGCCAUUACUUUGAUUUGGUGCUUAUUAAUGUUGAUUUGGAGAAGACAUAUAGUGAACUUUUGCAUGAGAUCAGUGUCAUUGAACGAGAACCUCAAUGGGUGCCAGCGAGUUGGAUUAAAGAUGAUGCAACAUAGUAAUUGCAUAUACAUGUUCCAAUGAAUUUGCCUUAAUCUAAAAAAUUGUGCAAAGUUUCUUAAGUUUUGGACACACAUUCAUCAAUUAUAUUGUGAAUGUAAAAAUUCUCAAUGAAGAAAUCCAGUUUAUCUUGACCUUCACAGCUUCAAAGGAAAUGACUGUGUCAGAUAAUACUUUUAACUAUGUAAAGAUAAUUGACUUUUUUACUGCUGUUGCAAUAUGUAUGUAAAUAAAAUCUAGAAAAUUUUUAAUAAGCAACACUUUGAAUCUGUUUUAUAACAGUAUUUAUCACAGAUAUUGUGAUUCACUUCUAAUUACUCCUAUACAAAUAGACAAUCAGAGAACCUGAGCACUACUGCUAGACUCAUUAAAUGAAAUUUUAUUUUAUUAAAGUUACGAAUUUUAUGUUACUUGCAUAAGACCAGUUUGUUUACUCAGUCAGUCACUUACUAUUUCAUUUUUGCAGUAAUGCAGUUUGACUACUUUUUUUAUAUUGUGUAUAUUGUAUGUAUGUAUAAAUUCUUUUUAUGUAAUUUUGUGAUUGAAAAGAGGUAUGCCUGGCAAGUAUUUCAUUCUUUUGGGCAUAAUAUAUCAACUGUUGAUCAGCUUUCUAAUCUGAUGUUUUGAACUUCGUGCUGAUAUAAAGAUUCCCCAGACUAUUAACCUAAUAUUGGCAUGCAUUUUCUUUUUAGAUCUAAAGGUAUCUUAAUUUUCUUACAAUUUGUAAUGAGCAAGUUGUGUAUUUUUAUAAGUGGUGUAUAUAUUUAAUUUGUCUAUUUUGUUUCUUUUUCCCCCCCUAAUUUUUUGAUUGUCAUAUAAAUAGUGAAAUUAUGUAUACUAAUACCUAAAGAAAGCUAAGAAUACUCUUAAUAUAAGCUUUUCAACCAUAAGAUAUGGCUACGUAUUGCCUAACUGCCAUGUUAUCUAUGCAAAAAAAUAUUGCUCAAAGGUGGUCAAAAAGGGAAGUUUUAGGUGCUAUGGAUGAUACGCAUUGAAGUAGAUGAAUGGAUGUAUUUGCGAGAAAUUCUCAACAUCUUCAGUCAGCACAUUUCAGCAUUUUAUAGCCUUUACAAAUAGCACAUCUUAGCAAUAUAGAAUGCCUAUAUUAUUUAAUGUAAAAUAAUUCAUUAUCAUCCUAAAGAAUUAAAAAAUAUACAUUGACUUGUAGAGUUUAAAAGUUAACUUUUGUAUCAAACUUGUGAAUAAACCCAUUAGUAUUCUGCUUAUCAGCAUAUAAUAUAGCAUGUAUUUAACCAGCACAUUGUUCUAAGCACUGUUAUUAUUUAGCUAAAUUUAUGUGUAGUGAAGUUAAUUCAAAGCAGUUUUAUGCUGUCAUUUUAUUUCCACAUAUUUCAUUUACUAAUUGUUAUAAACAUUUUCUAUAUUGCAUGGAAGGUUCUCAUUCUACAAACAUGUCUUUCCUUCUGGCUAAGGCAGCAGAAACGAAUUUCAAUACUGCACUAGUAUUAUUUAUAAAUCAGUAUUUUCCAAAAGUGCAAUUUUUAAGGUUACAGUAUAUAGAUAUCUAUAGAAUAAUCACAUUAUUUUCAAAGUUCUGAAAUGUUAUUAUGUACUUAAAUAUGUAUCCUAACAGACACUUUAAAGUUGUUAUACCUUGUAUUUUAGAUGAGCAAUACAGUUUGUGAUACCUAUAAAGGAUUUGAAAUGGUCAAAGAUUUUAGCAGUUAAAAAAAAAAAAAAAAAAAAAAAGAAAAACUACUCAUGUUGUGUUUUUUCUGUAAUAUUUUUCAAUUUAGCCGUAUUUUAUUUUUGAAUUUAAAAUAUGUUAUGCAUGUACAUAUUUUUAAUCAUUGCUUGAGAACAUUUCUGUUGUUAAUUAGUAUGAAGGCUUUUGGUUGUAUCAUCAGGCUUAAAGCUGCAUAUUCAGCACUUUUAUAGUUUUUAAAAUAAUUUCUGCUUAAUAAUAUUUUUAAACAGGUGCUCUGUUAAGAAUGCAGAUUUCUGUUAGGUUUAAAUUCUAAUAAUAUGGGGAAGAGGGGCAGGGCUACGUUGUGGCUAGUAAGUUGUGUAUAAAAUGAUAUCCAAAUAUAAAUUGUAAAACACACUUCUUGAUAUUUUGUAUAAUAAGUGUUAAAAACUAAUUUUGCACAUAUUUAAUAAAAUUAAUUAAAUUAAAUUUUAGAUUCUCUAGAGGGAACAAAGAGCUUGCCAAAGAUAAAAUGUUAAAUUAUACAGUUUAAUUUUAGGCAUCUUCAGCUUUCCUGAUUAAGUUUCUUUCUUUCUAAAUGAUAUACAGAAAUGUAAUUUAUGGUAAAGUUUUUAUCAUGCUUAAGUUUCAAAUUAUAUGUUCUAGAAUAUUUCAGUCUGGAAAAUUUAUACAUUUUGAUUCUGUUAGCAGUCAAUUUGUUUAUUGUGAUAAUUAAUAUCUUUGCAAUUUUAAUGACACCAGAAACAUUAUUUACUAGUGAGGAAGAAGUGCUUCAAAUAAAGUACAUGAAAUAGAAAUUUUUUAAUGGUUUUUUCUGUUUAUUUUUGUAAAAUAUUAUUUGUAAUUUUUUCUCAAUUUUACUUAAGGAUUAAAAGUUAUCCUAUUGGGGGCGAAGCAAAGCAUUUGUGCUUAGCUUUAGUAAAAAUUCAUGUUGUUUAUUACAGCUUUUGCAGAUUUAUUGCAUUUUUCAUCUUAUUUAAAGGUUAAUACACAUAAGCAUCCCAUUCAUAAAAACCAGACAAUUAAUCAGAAAUUGUAAGAAAAUAUAUACAUAAGUUGUUUAAAAAUUAAUAUUCAUCUGCAGAAUAUUUAUUAAGUUGAAAGUAAAAACUUAGUACGGUUUAGCAGAUGCAUUUACUAAUUUUAAUAAUUGAUAUGCAAUAGUAAUGAAUUUAAAAUUACGAGGAUAAAAAUAUAACAUAUUUUAAAAAUGAAAUUUAAUUGCAAGAAGUUCCAAACGCUUAUUCUUUAAAUUUAUACUUAUUAAAUACUUCCUAGAAGUAUUGAUUUUAUGAAAAAAUGUAAAUUGUGUUAUUUGUUUGCAAUAACAAUGAAAAAUGAAUUUAUUUAAAAUAUAGUUUAGGAGGGUUCACUACUCCUCUAGAAUACUUGUAAUAUCAAUAUAAAUGAGCAAAUGAGGUUAUUCUUAUAUUUAUAACCAUGUAAAUUCUAAUGUAAAAAUGCAAAAUAUUUUUUUAUGUCAUAAAAUAGUAACAUUGAUUUUGCUUGCAUAUUAUAGAGAAUUUGGUUUCCUGCUUAGUAUUGGCACUAAUUAGGUUUCUGUAAACAAAGAGUUGAAACUGUGAAUUAAAAAUAGUCAAAUGGAAACUUUAAAAUAUAGAGUUUUAUGUAAGCCUGAUGAUAUAAGCACAAAGUGAAGUUUUUAUUAUAUACACAAAACUGAAAUUUUAGUUUUUCUGUAAUAUUGAUAUUACGUGUAAUAUUACAGGGCUUCCAGUCUUUUAAUGCAUCUUAUGAAAGAGCAAUAAAUUUGUUUUUGAUACAGUUGUA